AUGAUCUUGAGUAUCUUUUUCACCAGAUAACCAUGUGUUAGAGUGAGAACAGUUUAUACAAAAGUUGAUACAUGUUUUUAAUCGGAUAAUUAAUUUUAAAAAUAAAUAUAUUUCAAACUAUAUUAAAAUUAUGUCACGUCAAUUAACGCCUAAAAAAGAAGAAAAUCUUUUAAACACUUCUCAAUUUAUACCAAUAAAACUACAUGAAAGUCCGGGCUCAAAAACGGCACAAAGGAAUUUAACUGGAUAUCCAAGGAUAAUAAGAGAUUUAUCUGCAGAUAUUUUUAAUGAUAUUCAACAAUGGAAUGGAUUACAUAUUCGUGGGGCAAAAAUUAUCAAAGAAAUUGCAAGUUUAAAAGCAACAACUUAUAAACAAUCACAUUAUCCUCCAGAAUUAGAACCGUUAUGUAACAAUGUACUGGAAGUUGUUAAUGCUCUUGAAAUUAUUGUUGAGUCAUUGAAGGCAAUUAGUAAAAAAAUGAGUCCCAUUGUUAAUUUGCAUAAAAGUAAUACACCAUUAUUUAUAUCUUGGCCUACUAGUAAAUUUGUUUUGACUGCUGAAAAAAUUGCAAAUGUUUACGCUGAAGAAUUGGAUUUGAAAAGAACAAUUUGCGAAAAUAUUGCACAUAGUAAAGACGAAGAAGAGGCAACAUUUCAUGCAGUUACGUGGGCCGUUCAACCGUUUAUUGAAAAUGACGUUAACAUCGCUCUGGAAAGUUUAUUAACUGAAACUGGACAUCGCAGUAUUGGAAAAUAAUACAAAGUUGAAUUCUUGAUCCCCAAAAUAUUUAUCUUUUGAAGUGUCGACCAGAAACAAUUUCUUGCUUAAAGCAUUUGAAUGAAAAACUAAAGAAUUACGCUCAGCUAAAUUCCUUAAUCGUACCAUAAUACUGCUAAUCUGCUUUUUAGUAACGGCUCGUCCACACAUGUAAUACAUUUAUCUGUGUGUUUGUGAAAUAUCACAAAACUUAGUUUUGCAUUAGCAGAAAUUAUGGUCGAAUGGUUUCGGCAAAUUACAUUUCUAUGGAAAUUUCUAAUGUAUUCGCAAGAACUGAGAACACAUACUUGCACAAAUAGUGGCCGAAUAAUUUCCACAUUCGAAAAAGUAUCUUAUUUUUUCACACACACAUGCUACGGAGUUAGAUAUUGUAGGAGAUAUUCAUAUUUUAUUUAUAUUUUCGUAUAAACUUGGGUAAACUAAACUGCAUGUAAGUGAUUAUUAAAGUUUUGCAUCUGGACGGAGCUGAAUAUUCUUUACGUUUACUACGAAAAGUCAAAUUAUAGCAAUUUAUGGUAGUUAAGACUAAAAGGCAAAACUUAAAGAUUCAGGGAAAACAUAUAUCGAUUUAGAUUCCAAAAAUAUAAUCUGUAAAUAAUGGGUAUUUUUGGCAUUAAAAAUUGCCUCUUAAAUAUCGUUAAUUUUAUAAGAAAAAUCAAAAAAUUGCUUCCGGUCGGUUGAUGUCUGAAAUUCCGUCUGAAAAUAGAAAAAACCGCUCGCCUAAAAGUAAUUAGAAGUUAUUUUGUAUAUUGUAUAACUAUAGAUGUAGGCAUACCAAUAGACAGAAAAUUUAA